GCGCCCAAGGCGCUUGGGACAGACGCAUGGUCUACAUCUGCCUCCUCCACGCUGGCAAGUUCUCGACGCCGGUGCAGCCAUACGCGUCGGUCACGCUCGAGGGCGAGUGGGGAACGUCCUCGUGCAUCGUGCGCGGGCGUGACGUGCGCCACUGCCCGCGCGACAAGGCGCAGGGCCGGCACAAGUGCUGGGAGCGCGAGUGCCUGGACGAGACGGACUUUUGCGCCGCGGAGUGGCGCACGAACUGGACCGAGGCGACCAAAAAAUCCUUUUGGGGCUACGACCUCAACGCGACGGAGGUGCAGCCGCGGUGGCACAAGGAGGAGAUGGCGCACACGUGCUGCCACUUCCCGCCCGCGCUGAACCUGCUCAAGGCGUCGCGCGACGCGGAUGGGUGGGACGCCGCCCGGGCGCGCGUGGACCUGUGGGACGAGGACUGGCUCAACUCGAACGACUACCUCGGCGGCGCGUGGGUGCCGAUCGAGCACACGACGGCGCGCGAGGCACUCGACCUGAACAUCGAGGAGCACAAGGAAGACCACUCGCUCUCGGGGCGGAACCUCUCCCUCCGCGUCCUCGUCUCGUGGCCCCGCCCGGGCGGCUUCGCAGUCUCGCGCGAGUGGAACACCGAGCCGCGCAGGUGGAUCUCGUCCGGCAUGUCGGCGACGACCGCAGACCCGCCCUGGGAGGAGCACGGAGCCUCCUUCGACCACGACGUCACGUCCGUCCUCGGGGCGCAGGACUCCUUCGCCUUCACCGACCAGCUCUGCGCUUGCGACUGGACCGACGAGCACUCGUGCCCCGGCCAGCCUGCGGGCAGCGGCCAGCCGCCCUUCGCCACCGACGACGGCUCCGAGUGCUUCCGCUUCUGCUGCCCGCCGACCGCCGCCUCCCGCUCCCUCCCCGUCGCCGCCCCCCCUCCCUGCGGCUGCGGCUGGACGUCGGACUGGGCCUGCCCCGCCAAGGGCGCUCCCGGAGCAAAGGGCCUGGCACACGACGACGGCUCGGCCUGCUACCAGUUCUGUUGCGAGGAGGGCGGCGCCUCCUCCGCCACCUUCUGGGCGCUCGCCGGCGAGCAGGAGGCUGCGCGCCCUUCGAGCGCCGCCGCUGCCGCGAUGCCCCUCGGGGCACUCCCGCCGGCCGCCCUCGCCGCCCUCGCCGCCCUCGCCGUUCGCGCGAGGAGGCAGCGGCGAGGCGCCCUCGUGUAGAGCCGAGAGCCGGAGCGGAGCCCGCCCCAAACCUGUGGAGCAUAGCCCGCCCCAUACCUGCACCGAAACGCCUCUGAGCUAAUGUGCCAUCCGCAACCGUAUUAUCUGUAAGGGGGGGGGGGGGGAGGGGCGCGCGCAAGAUAGCAAGAUACGCGGGGCGAGAUGUGUGAGUCCUGAAUGACGUUGACGAGAAGGUAUUGGCUCGAGUAUAGCGAGCGAAGGGGAGUGAGUUCAUACGGUUGAGUGUGUACAGGUGUAGAACGAGAGGAGAGUGUGUGAGAGCGAUGGAACAUGCCAAAUGUGCUCAACGUGCUCCGUCUGCGUGUUGUGUGAUCUGUGAGACAAACUACUGAAAAUGGGG